AUGUCCCACCUCCAAUACUCCAGCUACAAAGGCUUUGGCGAGCACAUGCGCGAGGCUCUAUCAUACAGCCAAGCUGUGCGUAUCGGCGAUCGGAUCGAAAUAUCUGGCCAGGGCGGCUGGGACCCCUCAACGCUCAAAGUCCACGCCGACCUAUCCCAAGAGAUCGAGCAAGCAUUUGCCAACGUCGACCUGGCACUAAAGGACGCAGGCGGCAAGGGCUGGUCGCAGGUAUACCGGGUGCGCAUCUUCACGACCGAGAUCAAGAACGAAGAGCUUAUGCGCUUGCUGGUGGAGAAUCUGCGGAAGUGGAUGCCGGACCAUAAGCCGGUGUUGACGGGCGUUGGGGUGACUGGGCUGGCGUUGGAGGGGAUGAGGAUUGAGAUUGAGGCGUUUGCUCAUGUUGGUUGA